AUGACCCAGCAGGGACCUACAGCAGCUAUGGAGGAAAGGCUCAGCUGUCCCAUCUGCUUUGAGUUCUUCCAGGACCCAGUGAAUCUGAAAUGUCAACACAGCUUCUGCCGCAGCUGCCUGGAAACACCAACAAGGAUUCAACAAAAGCAGCGCGAGUGCCCAGUCUGCAGGGGAAGGAAUUCCAUAGACAAUAUCCAGCCCGCAAUGUCUAAUAUGAAACUGAGGAACAUAGUGGAGGCCUACCUGCAGGGAGAAGAGAAGAAGGGGAGUGGGGGGAGAGCAGUGGGUCUUGUGGUGUGCGCCAGACAUAAUAAGAAGCUCAGGUUUUUCUGUGAGGAAUGUGAGGAACUUGUUUGUGCUGUGUGUGUGGAGACUGAGCGGCAUGUCAAGCAUAAACACCAGCCAGUGAAAGAGGAAGCGCAAUGGCGUAAGAGGGAAAUCACUUCAUUGAUCUACAACCUUCCCGAGAAACUGGAACUGGACAUAAAGCAAGCGAGAGUCACAAGAAAGUGUGCAGCACAAUACAUCAAGACCCAGGCCCAAACCACAGCAGGACAGAUCAAGAGUGAGUUUGCGAACCUCCACCAGUUCCUGAGAGUUGAGGAGGAGGCCAGACUGGCAGCUUUGAAACAGGAGGAAGGGAUGAAGACAGGGUUACUGACCGAGAGGAUCACCCGUCUUGCCAGCAACAUGACCUCACUCCCAGGGAGGAUCUCAGACAUACAGACCAAGAUGAAGACCGAUGACAUCUCGUUUCUACAGAUGUACAAGGACUUGAAAGACAGGGCCAAGUAUACAUUGCAGGAUCCAGAGCCUGUAUCGGGGGCACUGAUAGACGUGGCCCAACACUUGGGAAACCUGAGGUUCAAGGUCUGGAAGAAAAUGCAAGAGAUGGUGCAAUACACCCCUGUGACCCUGGAUGUGAAUUCAGCCCACCCUGAUCUACUGAUCUCUGGGGUCCUCCUGGAGGUGAGUGACAGACGAUCGUCCCAGCCUGUGCCUGAUAACGCGGAGCGAUUCGACAACUCAGUGAGCGUGCUGGGCUCUGAAGGCUUCUACUCAGGCAUUCACAGCUGGGAGGUGGAGGUGGGGCCUAAGAAGGCCUGGACCCUGGGAGUGGCCAAAGAGGGUGUGGCCAGGAAGGGCAAUGUGAUGGUCAGCCCAGAGGGUGGGAUCUGGGCGAUGGGGCUGUGGAACGGGGAGGAGUAUAGCGCUGGAACCUCCCCCCUGGGUACCCCUUUGGUCCUGAGUAGGAAACCCCAGAACGUCAGGGUCAAGUUGGACUAUGAGAAAGGAGAGCUGUCCUUCUAUGACUCCAGUGACAUGUCACUCAUCUAUAUGUUCGAACAGAGGUUCACAGAGAGACUGUUCCCCUACUUCUCUCCCUGCCUUAACUCCGAUGGCACUAACCCUGGAGUACUGAGUAUCUGCCCUGAGAAGGUGUUUGUGACUGUGACACCUGCUCACUAAGGAUAUUUUCUGGUGAUACUACUUUACGAUCACUCACCGAAGUGUCUGUCUUGGUAAAGUCUGUCACAGUGACUCUAGUGGUGACAGUGAUGUCUGUGACACCAAUGUGUAUUCCGAAACUUUGUCUGGGGCACUUUCCUGUUAAUUAAUUUAUUGAGAGAAUGUGUCAUGAA